AUGAACGCAAAGGCCGAUAUCCGGAAAGGGGGAGCUCGACGGCACUGCUGUCAGCUUAAACAUUUUUUUCUUCGUCUUCCUGACUCCCAAGCUAAAAUGUCUGAGAAAGGAGAAAAGGGAGGGAAAUCUGCUUUAAAAUCUCCAGCUUCUAAAGGAAAGGACAAGGGAAGAAAAGUUCAGUUUGAUUCCGAAGACAUGUUCGAUGAAAAAUUUGAGACAAAUGGAAAUGGCAAGUCUAAUGGGAAGGCUGAUGGCUAUUCUGGUAAAGGCAAAGGGGGAAAGGGAGAUAAGGGAGGCUCUGGAAAAAAAGAACCUCGUGCACUUUUGCUCAAUGUUGAACAGGAGAUUCCUGAGAAUGUGACAUGUUUGAUGGAUUGUGAAGCUGCACAAAUCUUGCAAGGAAUCCAAGAACACAUGGUGUUACUGUCAAAGGAUCCAUCAAUUAAAAUCCCAAUUUCAUUUGAUAGGGCAUUGCAGUAUGCAUCCAGAGGCAAUCAUUACACUGAUCCUCACUCUGUUAGAAAAGUAUUGGAACCUCUCAAGAACCAAGGUGUUUCUGAUGCCGAGAUGUGUCUCAUUGCAAAUACUGCAGUUGAAUCUGUUGGCGAAGCUUUUGGUCUCAUGCCAUCAUUAAAGGCGAAAAAAAGCAAAGUCAAGGAGCCAUUGAAAAGUGCGUUGACUGAGCUGGAAAAGCUCAAAAUUGUGAUGGAAAGCACCAAAAAGGCUAUAGUCCUUGAUUGAAGGAAUCCAUGGGAAAAAAAAACCGAUGCUUGUUUUUCUGUUCUGUUUUUUAGUGUAUAGAUUUCAAUGCUUCUGUUGCUAAUCAACAUCUAUCUAAAUUCUAACAU